AUGCUGCAGGCUGUUAUACUAGGUAGUGUUCCUGAACAAGGCAGACGAAGGUGGUAUCCCGGAUUUUACCUGCACAAUCGUCGCCUAGACUUCAGGAUGAAUCGUGGCGAACAGGAGACCUUAUUUAGACAGAGUCGCCAGCUCACCCGCAUCGUACCCUCCCACGAAGACCUCGUGCUAAGUGUCCUAAAAUCACCGAUCAAUCAACAGUCUCAAUAUGGUCAUAAUCAUUAUUCGAACUCCCAGGAGCAUCAUAUUAACAGUCAAACUCAUUCCAAUCAGAAAAAGUGCAAUCAUUCAGGUCACUCGUACAACGACAGUCUUCCAAGAAGCAAGGACCAAUGCUCUAGGCUGACAGAAAAGCGGUACAGCGUUGCAGCUGCCUACGCUGCUCUGCAGGGUAGCGAAGACGAGCUCGUCGCUGGCGAAUCCGAGGACAUAGCGCUCAAAACACCUGGAAGUGAAACCGAGGAUACCGACAAUGGAACACCAAUUGAUGAACCACCGAAGAAUUUUACCUUCCUGCGAAGAUUUCGUUCUCCAAGGUUCAGCGAAAGUCAUCAUAAACGAGUGCCUACCCCAAUAAAGAGGAAACACCGUCGAAAAAGAAAUAAUGAUGAUAUCGGCGACGACAAUGAAGAGGGAGAAGAGCAACCAAAGAAGCGUGGUGUACCCGAUCCCUAUUAUCCGAUUUAUCUUCCCAUCGAUCAAGCUUUCAAGGCCAAAUAUGUGUUCCAUCAUAACAAAGGAAAAACCUUCCAAGAAAGGCUUUACGUCUUUCUCGAACAUCCUGGUGGUUGGAUAUGCUUCGUCUAUCAUUUUUCUGUGUUCAUGGUGGUAUUGGUGUGCCUCAUUUUCAGCGUUCUCUCAACAAUAGAUCAGUACAGUAAUUUCGCAAACGAAACUUUAUUUUGGAUGGAAAUAUGUUUGGUGGUAUUUUUUGGUGUCGAAUAUUUGGUGCGACUAUGGAGCGCCGGCUGUCGAUCAAAGUAUAUGGGAUGCUGUGGACGACUGAGGUUCAUCAGAAAACCGAUAUGUAUAAUAGACUUAAUUGUGGUGGUCGCGUCAAUGGUAGUGCUCUCAGUGGGGAGCAACGGUCAAGUUUUUGCCACUUCAGCAAUUCGGGGGAUAAGAUUUUUGCAAAUUUUACGGAUGCUUCAUGUCGACCGACAAGGUGGCACCUGGAGGCUUCUUGGAUCCGUCGUCUUCAUUCACCGUCAGGAACUCAUUACGACCCUUUACAUUGGGUUCUUAGGACUUAUUUUCAGCAGCUAUUUCGUCUACCUCGCAGAAAAAGAUGCAGUUGGGCCCAAUGGAAAAACCGAUUUUGCGAGUUACGCUGAUGCACUUUGGUGGGGAGUGAUUACUGUUACCACGAUCGGAUAUGGCGACACAGUUCCACAAACUUGGAUGGGGAAGAUAGUGGCAUCGUGUUUCAGUGUCUUCGCGAUAUCGUUUUUCGCACUUCCAGCUGGUAUUCUGGGCUCUGGCUUUGCGCUGAAAGUGCAACAAAAGCAAAGGCAGAAACACUUUAACCGGCAGAUUCCAGCAGCUGCGAUGUUAAUUCAGUGUUUAUGGAGGUGUUACGCUUCUGAUAAGGCUAUUAACAGCGUUGCUACGUGGAACAUUUACAUCAAGGAUCCUACCCCUGCGGGUCAGUCAACGACGCCACUCGGAAAGUUAAUUUGUGUGAAGAAGAUGGUGGCCAAAAAGGCGAGCGUCCUGAAGAGGCGGAAGUCGCGCAACCGCAUGGACGUCCAGCAAUCUCAGCAAGCUCUGCCGCCGGUAACGAUAUCCGGUGGGGGGACAACGACCGGGCAGAAUGGCUCCCAACAACGAAUAGAGAACGAGAACGACGUGGUCUUCUACAUGGAGGAGCCGAAAGCGAACACCCCGAAUAGAGCGAGGAGAGACAAUCGGGGAAGCCUCUUCACUUCGCAAACGAGUUCUGUGACGGAGGCAGCAAGCGACGAAAUCGACAUUGACAUCGAUGAACCCCAAAGAGUUACCACGUUAACGGAGGCGCAUCGAAAUGCCAUCAGAGCAAUCAGGAAGAUCAAGUACUUUGUGGCGCGCAGAAAGUUUCAGCAAGCUCGAAAACCCUACGAUGUGCGGGAUGUAAUAGAGCAGUACAGCCAAGGACACCUAAACAUGAUGGUGCGAAUCAAGGAGUUGCAAAGAAGGCUAGAUCAAACCCUGGGUAAACCAGGAAGUUACCUGGCAGGCAUCGACCGGGCAGGCAACAUUAAACCUAUGACAAUUGGCGCACGCCUCUACCGCGUGGAACAGCAGCUGGCAGUAAUGGACAAGAAACUAGACCAACUGGUCCACGUAGUAAACGCGCUGGCUCAAAAAUUACAAAUUCCUCUUAGAAGCGUCGAAGACGACGUAUAGCGAAAAUCUACCGCCGACUUCGCACUUCCAGCGACACCCAUACAUUUUUUUAUUCCACAGUUAAGCAUAACAAACGUUAUACCAGAAAUGCUCAGCGGAAGUCGGUGAACAAUAAAUCCUGAAGAUCAAAUUAUUUUUUUGAUUUUAAUCUUCACGCUUUUUUUCGACGAAGAUAGAAAAUAGAAGAUAGAAGAUACUUCGAAUGAAUUUGCGAAAACCAUUUCCGAAAAUAAAUUGUACAAGGUAUGGAAAAUAUAGAUUCCAAAUUGUGAUAAGCCA